AUGCGGGCGGGCCGGGGCGCGACGCCGGCGAGGGAGCUGUUCCGGGACGCCGCCUUCCCCGCCGCGGACUCCUCGCUCUUCUGCGACUUGUCUACGCCGCUGGCCCAGUUCCGCGAGGACAUCACGUGGAGGCGGCCCCAGGAGAUUUGUGCCACACCCCGGCUGUUUCCAGAUGACCCACGGGAAGGGCAGGUGAAGCAGGGGCUGCUGGGGGAUUGCUGGUUCCUGUGUGCCUGCGCCGCGCUGCAGAAGAGCAGGCACCUCCUGGACCAGGUCAUUCCUCCGGGACAGCCGAGCUGGGCCGACCAGGAGUACCGGGGCUCCUUCACCUGUCGCAUUUGGCAGUUUGGACGCUGGGUGGAGGUGACCACAGAUGACCGCCUGCCGUGCCUUGCAGGGAGACUCUGUUUCUCCCGCUGCCAGAGGGAGGAUGUGUUCUGGCUCCCCUUACUGGAAAAGGUCUACGCCAAGGUCCAUGGGUCCUACGAGCACCUGUGGGCAGGGCAGGUGGCGGAUGCCCUGGUGGACCUGACAGGUGGCCUGGCAGAAAGAUGGAACCUGAAGAGCGUAGCAGGAAGCGGAGGCCAGCAGGACAGGCCGGGCCACUGGGAGCACAGGACUUGUCGGCAGCUGCUCCACCUGAAGGACCAGUGUCUGAUCAGCUGCUGCGUGCUCAGCCCCAGAGCAGGUGCCCGGGAGCUGGGGGAGUUCCAUGCCUUCAUUGUCUCGGACCUGCGGGAGCUCCAGGGUCAGGCGGGCCAGUGCAUCCUGCUGCUGCGGAUCCAGAACCCCUGGGGCCGGCGGUGCUGGCAGGGGCUCUGGAGAGAGGGGGGUGAAGGGUGGAGCCAGGUAGAUGCAGUGGUAGCAUCUGAGCUCCUGUCCCAGCUCCAGGAAGGGGAGUUCUGGGUGGAGGAGGAAGAGUUCCUCAGGGAGUUUGACGAGCUCACCGUUGGCUAUCCGGUCACUGAGGCCGGCCACCUGCAGAGCCUCUACACAGCGUGGAGAGAUGAUUCUGUCCCAGGAGCCGGGAGGAGGGUGAUGAUUCUGUCCCAGGAGCUGGGAGAGAAGCUGCUCUGCCAUACUCGGGCGCUGCCUGGGGCCUGGAUCAAGGGGCAGUCAGCAGGAGGCUGCCGGAACAACAGCGGCUUUCCCAGCAACCCCAAAUUCUGGCUGCGGGUCUCAGAACCGAGUGAGGUGUACAUUGCCGUCCUGCAGAGAUCCAGGCCGCACGCGGCAGACUGGGCAGGCCGGGCCCAGGCACUGGUGGGUGACAGUCAUACUUCGUGGAGCCCAGCGAGCAUCCCGGGCAAGCACUACCAGGCUGUGGGUCUGCACCUCUGGAAGGUAGAGAAGCGGCGGGUCAAUCUGCCUAGGGUCCUGUCCAUGCCCCCCGUGGCUGGCACCGCGUGCCACGCAUACGACCGGGAGGUCCACCUGCGUUGUGAGCUCUCACCGGGCUUCUACCUGGCUGUCCCCAGCACCUUCCUGAAGGAUGCGCCAGGGGAGUUCCUGCUCCGAGUCUUCUCUACCGGGCGAGUCUCCCUUAGCGCCAUCAGGGCAGUGGCCAAGAACACCGCCCCCGGGGCAGCCCUGCCUGCGGGGGAGUGGGGGACCGUGCAGCUACGGGGUUCUUGGAGAGUCGGCCAGACGGCGGGGGGCAGCAGGAACUUUGCCUCAUACCCCACCAACCCCUGCUUCCCCUUCUCGGUCCCCGAGGGCCCCGGCCCCCGCUGCGUCCGCAUCACUCUGCAUCAGCACUGCCGGACCAGUGACACCGAGUUCCACCCCAUCGGCUUCCAUAUCUUCCAGGUCCCAGAGGGUGGAAGGAGCCAGGACGCACCCCCACUGCUGCUGCAGGAACCGCUGCUGAGCUGCGUGCCACAUCGCUACGCCCAGGAGGUGAGCCGGCUCUGCCUCCUGCCUGCGGGCACCUACAAGGUUGUGCCCUCCACCUACCUGCCGGACACAGAGGGGGCCUUCACAGUGACCAUCGCAACCAGGAUUGACAGGCCAUCCAUUCACAGCCAGGAGAUGCUGGGCCAGUUCCUCCAAGAGGUCUCCGUCAUGGCAGUGAUGAAAACCUAACAGGGUGGCCCCCUGUGCCAGCUCAGGUGGCUGGAGCCCAAGGGCCUGAAGGUUCCCAGCAGCUGGGCCGGCCAGCCUUGCACUGUGGGGGCUGGUCCUGAGUCUUGGCCUGCCUCCCAGCCCUGCCAGGGGGCUGCGGCCUAGGGGUCCACGGGAAGCCUCCGUCAGGAGAGACGCAGCCCUGGGGGCGAGCUGGUGCUGCAAGGAAGGGUGGGAAGCUUGGUGGCUUCUGUUGCGCCACUGAGACGGCAGAGACCCCAGGAACCCAGAGCUUCCCAGGAUCCCUCCCAGAUCCUCUGCUGACUCCAUAUGGAGGCCUCACACCCAGAGGGUAGGGCAGCAGAUCUUCUUUAUAACUAUUUAUUGUUUGAAUCACUUUUAGGAUGUAACUUUAUAAAUAAACAUGAGCGUUGAGGAUUUGCA